AUGAGCGCCGCCUCCGUAGGACUACCUGGGCUUCCCGCCAGCGGCGACCCCCCUAGCUUGGACAACACCUACGGCGCUACUUUGCUAGGUACAUUCUUCGGUCUCAUCCUAUAUGGCUUGGCCAUCCAUCAAGUUUACAGAUACAGUCGCAUGGGUUUCAACGAUUCCUGGUUCAUUAAGGGAUAUGUGGCGUUCAUCAUGCUCGUGGACACGCUUCACGUCAUCUUGAGCAUGCAUACGUGUUACUACUACCUUGUGGGCCACUAUUUCCAACCUGCAGUACUGUUCACUCGAGUGUGGUCAAUCGAUAACCUCGGUCUAAUAGCAGCCGUUACCAUUGUCUCCUGCCAAUGCUUUUACGCUCGCCGAGUAUGGCUCAUCGGUCCCAAGUACAGAUUCCUGGUCGUCAUCGCUGUGGUCAUCUUCUUAGGCGAACUAGCAUGCUCCACAUAUGCAGCCGCGCAAGCGUCGUUGCUGCCAUCCUACGGCGAGUUCCGGGAGCUCACUUGGCUCUACUCCGUCGCCUUCGCGCUCGUCGUGGUGUCGGAUAUCAUUCUGACGACGGUGCUCAUCUUCGUCUUGCACCGGAGUCGUACGGGGAUUGCCAAGACCGACUCCAUGCUCGACGUUCUGAUUGCAUACAUCAUCUCAACAGGGCUUCUCACAGAGAUUUUCAGUAUUCUCUCCUUGAUCUUCCCUCUUGUUUACCUGAACAGCACCAGCAUGGUUUACAUUGCACUCGAUAUCGUCGUCACGAAGAUGUAUGUGAAUUCGGUAAUCGGCACUCUCAACUUCAGGCGGACACUGGCGUCAUACGGCACCGGCUCCGUAGCCCUGGAGAUCGGGCUGAGCAACCUGCCUUCGGCCGGCCCGAUCGAGUCAGACCCGCGAUUCGCUCCGUCGUCAUACGUCUCCCAGGGAGGAAGCAUCUCGAACAUCGUCGAGUACAAGGUCGCGCGGCAGCUCGGCCGGGACCGCGCCAUAACGAUCGACAUGCCGAGGUAUGGAUCCAGCAUGAAUGUAUGA